CUAAUAACCUACAUCGGAAAACAUUUUGGGUGAUUCUCAUAUCUCUUGAAAAUAGAAUGGAGAGAGAAAAUGAACAGUACUCUCUGAUCAGUUCAGCUCGGGAGGAUCGAUUAGGUUUUAAUGGAGAGAAUAGCAGAGAAAAAGGAGUUGGAAGAGAAGAGAUCAUUGAGGAAGUAAAGAAGCAGCUACGGCUGGCUGGUCCUUUAAUAUGUGAGAGUUUGUUGCUGUACUGCUUACAAUUGAUAUCUGUUAUGUUUGUGGGUCAUCUUGGUGCGUUAGCUCUUUCUUCUGCUUCACUGGCCACUUCUUUCGCGUCAGUACUGGGAUUUAACCUGCUGAUAGGGAUGUCAACAGCAUUGGAGACUCUUUGUGGCCAGUCAUACGGAGCAAAGCAAUAUCGUAUGUUGGGCAUACACACGCAAAGAGCCAUGUUUGUUCUUUCACUCAUUAGCAUACCCCUUGCUAUCGUUUUGGCAAACACAGGAUCAAUUCUGGCUGCCACAGGCCAAUAUCCUGAAAUUUCACAAGCAGCCGGAGUGUAUGCUCGUUUCAUGAUCCCAAGCCUGUUUGCCUAUGCUAUUCUUCAGUGCCUUCUCAGAUUCCUAAGAACCCAAAACAAUGUAUUCCCAAUGGUGUUAAGCUCUGGAAUCACAACUUUGAUACACAUUUUUGUGUGUUGGAUUCUAGUGUUUAAAUUUGGCCUUGGGAAUAAAGGUGCUGCUCUGGCAGGUUCCAUUUCCUACUGGAUCAAUGUGUUGGCGUUGGCAUUUUAUAUCAAGCUCUCUCCCUCUUGUGCGGAAACUUGGACUAGCUUUUCAAGGGAGUCCAUGCAUGAGAUUUUUGCCUUCGUUAGACUAGCUGUUCCUUCCGCUGUAAUGGUCUGCUUGGAAAAUUGGUCAUUUCAACUACUGGUGUUUCUCUCCGGUCUUCUUCCUAACCCAGAGUUAGAAACUUCUGUGAUUACGAUCUGCAUUAAUUCCACUGCAGUUAUUUGGAUGAUCCCCUUUGGACUGAGCAGUGCUGCAAGCAUUCGGGUGUCGAAUGAAUUAGGGGCUGAAGAUCCAAAAGCAGCUCAUUUGGCUGUGCGUGUAGUCCUAUUCCUGGCUAUUUCUCAGGGUAUUUUGGUGGGAUUGGCACUGAUAUUGAUGCGCAACAUCUGGGGUUAUGCUUAUAGCAAUGACGUACAAGUCAUCAGAUACGUCACAGCUAUGAUUCCAAUUCUUGCCACAUCCAACUUUAUAGAUGGAGUCCAAUGUGUUCUUUCAGGCAUUGCUAGAGGAUGUGGUUGGCAGAAGAUAGGUGCAUACAUCAAUCUUGGAUCUUAUUAUCUUGUUGGCACUCCUCUGUCUAUUGUAUUAGCUUUUGUCUUCCGAAUUGGUGGCAAGGGUCUGUGGCUUGGUAUCACCGGCGCACUCAUCACUCAAAUGCUUUCUCUUUUGAUAAUUACAGCACGCACUAAUUGGGAGCAAGAAGUAAAGCAUUACUUCCCUUUCUUCCUGCACCUAGCUACUUCAUCACCAUGGCUUUCUGCACUGAUUGCAAACCUUCUUUUUUCUUUUUUGGGCUCUAAUUUAGGCAAAAAAUGCUAUGGAAAGAGUUCGUGCCUCGAAAGUACCUGCGGUGAUGGACAAUGCUUUAUCAUGAAGCAGAAUUCUUGUAGCCCUACAAUGGAGCAGCGUGGAAGUUGAACUAGCCGGCAAGCAACUGAGAGUUAGAACUAGCUUAGCUUAAUUAGCACUAGAUACUAGCGUUGUACAAAUUAGCUUGGUAGUUUUUUAUCUACAUUCAAGGACGUGACUUGCUCACUCAAAGUUGCAGGAAAAGAUGCUUCAGAUAUGUGGAUAAUAUCUCCUUCUGUAAUGUUCAGUCAGUUACAUUGUGGCUCCGUUGUAGAGAAAUGUUUUCAGACUUUUUAUUGGCCUCUUCUCAAGCAAAACUUAAUGCUGCUAAAAGGGUCAAAUUGAUGGAAUAUAUUAGGAUAUUUUAAA